AACGCAGCCUGGUGCCCAUGUCUCUUCUCCGGGGAGGUCUCUUGUAGUCGCCAGUAUUGCAAUAGAUUACUCCUCUCAACAGUGAUCAAGAGGACUGUGCAUCCCAGAGGAUCCAGGUCUUGGUUCAUUUUCAUCCUCGUGGAGAGCUGCUAUUGUGUCUCUUGCCCCACAUUAGUUUCCGCCUGUUGCUCCCGACUUUCAUUUUACUCCGACAGCCACUUGCGAGUCACUCGUCAACUCAGACCACUCUCUCCCUCUUCGUCUAUCCCAAACAUUGAGUUGACGAGAGUGUUCACUUGACAAGUGCAAAAAUGAGUUCGGCUCUUUCCCAACAGAAUGUCACGGGUGUCUACCUCCCCUCAGUGGUGAUGCUCGUGGCUGUUGCCAUUACCAAGAAGGAGUGGCUUCCAUACGCAGCAGCCCUAGCUGCCGUGGUGAGCGGUAUCAAGGUCUUUCUCAGUGGACCACCCAAAUCACGAAAGGCCCUGAUCCCUGAUCAAUUCCAACACUUUCCAGUCACCAAGAUCACCAAGACCUCCCACAAUGUCUCCAUCUACCGUCUCGGCCUUCCAAAUCCCACCGAUAUCCUUGGUCUUCCCAUCGGCCAGCACAUUUCCCUCGCUGCUACUCCCAAAGGCGCCGAGAAAGAGGUGGUGCGGUCCUACACUCCCAUCUCGUCUGACGAGGACAAGGGCUUCGUGGAUGUCUUGAUCAAGGCAUAUCCCCAAGGCAACAUCAGCGCCCACAUGACGACGUUGAAGGUGGGAGACACGAUCAAAGUCAGAGGACCCAAGGGUGCCAUGGUCUACACUCCCGACCUGGCCAAGCACAUCGGCAUGAUCGCUGGCGGCACUGGUAUCACCCCGAUGCUGCAGAUUGCUCGAGCCAUCAGCCGUGGAAGACCCAGCAAAGGAGGUAAAGAUACAACCAAAGUGGAUUUGAUCUUUGCCAACGUCAACCCCGACGACAUUCUGCUCAAGGACGAAAUCGAUGCACUUGCCCGCGAGGACCCCAACUUCAGUGUGUACUACGUGCUCAACAAUCCACCCGAAGGUUGGACGGGCGGAGUGGGCUUCGUGACACCCGACAUGAUCAAGGCCAAAUUACCUGCUCCAGGACCAGAUGUCAAGAUCCUGAUGUGCGGUCCUCCACCUAUGAUCAGCGCGCUCAAGAAGGCGACCGAGGGAUUGGGCUUCCAAAAGGCCAGACCAGUGAGCAAACUGGAAGAUCAGGUGUUUUGUUUCUAGGCUGCUUCGUGCUGAUACAUAAGGGAGACGUGUCUGUGCUGCCGGGGUACGGAUAUCAGAGACUCGCCAUGAGUAGAAGCAUGUAUUCAAUAGAAUAAGUCGCAACAAGAUCUGAGAACCAAGCAUUCUGUGACUGCACUCUUGAAAUCACAACGAGAUUCUGCAUCCGUGGGCCCAACUCGGUACAUAUGUCACGUGGCACGAUGGAUGGACG